UGAAAAUGUGGGAAUAAUUCAAGGAUAAAAUUCUAUCCUCGAUCCCCGAAUACUCUGAUGAGCUCAUCCCGUCCCCUUAUAAAGUGAGGGAUAAAAUUGGAAAGAAAAAAGCUGUUCAAAGAUCUGAAACUCUCGUUUAUACAAUCAAAGAGAGAGAGAAGAAAUUGAAAAAUGGCGACGGUGUCCCCUCUGGCGAAAUACAAGCUUGUAUUCCUAGGCGAUCAAUCUGUCGGCAAAACCAGCAUUAUCACCCGCUUCAUGUACGAUAAAUUCGACACCACUUAUCAGGCCACUAUAGGGAUUGAUUUUUUGUCAAAAACAAUGUAUCUUGAAGAUCGAACGGUUCGAUUGCAGCUUUGGGAUACUGCAGGGCAGGAGAGAUUUAGGAGUCUUAUUCCAAGUUAUAUCAGAGAUUCUUCUGUUGCAGUAAUUGCCUAUGAUGUAGCUAAUAGACAAUCAUUUUUGAACACUUCAAAGUGGAUUGAAGAAGUACGCACAGAACGAGGCACCGAUGUCAUUAUUGUCCUUGUUGGGAACAAAACCGAUCUGGUUGAUAAAAGGCAGGUUUCUAUAGAGGAAGGAGAUAGCAAGGCUCGUGAACUUGGAGUCAUGUUCAUAGAAACCAGUGCAAAAGCAGGAUUCAACAUUAAGCCUCUGUUCCGCAAGAUAGCUGCUGCCUUACCAGGAAUGGGAUCUCUUUCUUCAACAAAACAGGACGAUAUGGUUGAUGUAAACCUGAAAUCCAGUGGAAAUUCUUAUCAAAAUCCAGAUCAGAAAGGAGGUGGUUGUGCUUGUUAAAACAGAUACUGUAUUUACUACAAGCUUAGCUUAAGAGAUAGGGAAAAAGAAAACUGAAGGCUAAAAUAACAGAAAAGUUUCCGAACUUCCUUCGCGUUACUUAGGCCCUGGUUUUCUUAGCUGGGUUAAUGAUCGGUUAGAUAACUUCGUCAGUUGGCUGAAGGGGAGCAAGACCUGCAAGCAAUGAAUUAAUAAGGUAAGGGGAAUGCCGGAAAUAGAUUUUUGAGACAUUCUCUGAUACGUAAGUCAACUAAAAUUUAAGAAAGGAAAGAGGGGCCAAAGAGGCAGGGUGUAAAAGUAUUAUGGAGAAUUCUUUCCUGAAGUCUUGCGUUUUGUACAGGUAUCCCAAGAAUUUCGAUCCUAUUUGUGGCUCCCGACUUUCUUUUACCUUAAUGUGCCCUGUGUGAUCAACUUCUCUAUGAACAUGUUAUUACUCUUUCUAAUGAAGCGUUGUUUUUUCCAAA